CUCAUCAUCUACUCCUUCGUCUUCUGGAUCACUGGAGUGAUCCUGUUGGCUGUUGGAGUCUGGGGAAAACUUACUCUGGGCACCUAUAUCUCCCUCAUUGCUGAGAACUCCACCAAUGCUCCCUACGUGCUUAUUGGAACUGGCACCACUAUUGUCGUUUUUGGCUUAUUUGGAUGCUUUGCUACAUGCCGUGGGAGCCCAUGGAUGCUGAAACUGUAUGCCAUGUUCCUGUCCCUGGUGUUCCUGGCUGAGCUUGUAGCUGGCAUUUCAGGGUUUGUGUUCCGCCAUGAGAUUAAGGACACCUUCCUGAGGACUUACACGGAUGCCAUGCAGAACUACAACGGCAAUGAUGAGAGGAGCCGGGCUGUGGACCACGUGCAGCGCAGCCUCAGCUGCUGUGGUGUGCAGAACUACACCAACUGGAGCACCAGCCCCUACUUCCUGGAGCAUGGCAUUCCCCCCAGUUGCUGCAUGAAUGAAACUGAUUGUAAUCCCCAGGAUCUGCACAACCUGACUGUGGCCGCCACCAAAGUUAACCAGAAGGGUUGUUAUGAUCUGGUGACCAGUUUCAUGGAGACAAACAUGGGGAUCAUCGCUGGAGUGGCAUUUGGAAUCGCCUUCUCCCAGUUGAUUGGCAUGCUGCUGGCCUGCUGUCUGUCCCGGUUCAUCACAGCCAAUCAGUAUGAGAUGGUGUAAGGAGAAGUCUUUCAAGAACGUUGGAAGAAGAGACCUGUGUUAAAAAUGAACUACAGCAAUCUCUGAAAGACUUCCAAACAAUGUUAGAGCACAGUACAUAAUACACCUGCCCCCUGUUCCCACUUCCCCAACCCUGCGUGCAACUGACCCCCCUACUUAGUCUCUUCUCCACCUUUCAGACCGAAUCACCUAUAGUGUCUAUCUUGUGAAGCCCUGUUGUGCCACAGAGUAUAAUCAGGUCCCCCUGCAGCUAGUCCUAGUGAACCCUACCCUGAAGCCCUGUGCGUGCCAGCUCCUCCAGUGUACUUGGUCCAACUGCAGCUCACUGUAGGUGACUGGUUAUCACACCAUCACUGGCCCCCUGGGGCCUGCAUGUAAUGUGGGAGACGCCUGUUACCCCCUGACUGUGGUCAAUAAAUGCCAUACACCGUAACAUAGAUAAGCAGAUGAUAGUUAUCUGUUCGUUUGGCUUAAUCUUGUUUGGUUUGGUUUUCCCUUUAUUAAGGCUCUUUCCUACCUUCUUUAGGCUGCCUAGGACA